AUGGAAAGUUGCGCAUGCCGGGAUGAGAAGAGAAGACCAAAUGUUUCCAGAACAUCAGAAGAAAAGCAUAUUUUGCAAGACCUUUGUAUUCACUCUCACUCCUCUCUCCUCAUCACAGUUGCCCAAGGAAGUGGACAGGAUGGCCAGUGCUCUCUCGGCUACUUCCCCUGUGGGAACAUCACCAAGUGCUUGCCUCAGUAUCUUCACUGCAACGGUGUGGACAACUGUGGAAAUCAGGCCGAUGAGGAAAACUGUGGCGACAACAAUGGAUGGCCAAUGGAAUUUGACCAAUUCUUCACUCACUACAGAAUUAUUUAUAAGUAUUCCUUUGAGUCAUUAAUAUCUGAAUGUUUGGUCAGUUCUGUGCCAGCACAAUGUAUUUGCCACGGUUUUGAGAUUGACUGUGAUAAGAACAAGUUACGAGCUAUUCCAUCAGUUUCUUCAAAUGUGACUGCAAUGUCACUUCAAUGGAACUUAAUAAGAAAACUUCCUCCUGAUGGCUUCAAGAAGUACCCUAAUCUUCAGAAGCUGUGUCUGCAACACAAUAAGAUUCGAUCCUUAUCAAUCUACGCAUUCAGGGGACUUCACAGCCUUACUAAACUAUACCUCAGUCAUAACAGAAUUACUUUCCUGAAACCCGGCAUUUUUCAAGAUCUACACAGACUGCAAUGGUUGAUUAUUGAGGAUAACCAUCUCAAUCGAAUAUCCCCACUAACAUUUUAUGGACUAAAUUCUCUUUUUCUCUUAAUGUUGAUGAACAAUGCCCUCACCCGUUUGCCUGAUAAAUCUCUUUGUCAACAUAUGCCAAAGCUACGUUGGCUGGACAUUGAAACCAACCAUAUCCAUAAUCUAAAAAAUUUGACUUUUGCUUCAUGCUACAACUUGACUGUCUUGAUAAUCAGCAAAAACAAAAUCAGUCACAUGCAUGAAAAUGCUUUUUUAUCCCUCCAGAAACUAAAUGAAUUGGACCUGGGAAAUAAUAAGAUUGAAAAUCUUCCACUGAAUGUUUUAAAGAAUCUGAAAGAACUCUCACAAUUGAACCUUUCACAUAAUCCAAUUUUGAACAUUCAAGCAAACCAAUUUGAUCAUCUUGUCAAACUCAAGUCUCUUGGCCUAGAAGGAAUUGAAAUCCCCAAUAUCCAACAAAGGAUGUUCAGACCACUUAGGAACCUCUCUCACAUAUAUUUCAAGAAAUUCCAGUAUUGUGGGUAUGCACCACAUGUUCGCAGCUGUAAACCAAACACUGAUGGAAUCUCCUCUCUAGAGAAUCUCUUAGCAAGCAUUAUCCAGAGAGUAUUUGUCUGGGUUGUAUCUGCAGUUACAUGCUUUGGAAACAUCUUUGUCAUUUGUAUGCGACCUUACAUCAGGUCCGAGAACAAGCUACAUGCAAUGUCAAUCAUUUCUCUCUGCUGUGCUGAUUGCCUAAUGGGAAUAUAUUUAUUUGUGAUUGGGGCUUUUGAUCUAAAAUUUCGUGGAGAAUAUAAUAAGCACGCACAGAUAUGGAUGGAGAGCAUUCAUUGUCAGCUUCUGGGAUCUUUGGCCAUUCUUUCCACAGAAGUAUCAGUACUACUUUUAACAUUUCUGACGUUGGAAAAAUACAUGUGUAUUGUAUAUCCUUUUAGAUAUUUAAGACCUGGAAAAUGCAGAACAAUUACCAUUCUAAUUCUUAUUUGGAUUACUGGAUUUAUAGUGGCUCUUAUUCCAUUCAGCAAUAAGGACUUUUUCAAAAACUACUAUGGUAUCAAUGGAGUAUGUUUUCCUCUUCAUUCAGAAGAUGAAGAAAGCAUUGGGGCCCAGAUUUUUUCAGUGACCAUAUUUCUUGGUAUUAACUUAGCAGCAUUUAUCAUCAUAGUCUUUUCCUACGGAAGCAUGUUUUACAAUAUUCAUCAAAGUGCGAUAGCAGCAACUGAAAUAAGGAAUCAAGUUAAAAAAGAAAUCAUCCUUGCCAAACGUUUUUUCUUUAUUGUAUUAACUGAUGCAUUAUGCUGGAUACCCAUUUUUAUACUGAAAUUUCUUUCAUUACUUCAGGUAGAAAUACCAGGUACCAUAAACUCGUGGGUAGUGAUUUUUAUUCUGCCUAUCAACAGUGCUCUGAACCCAAUUCUCUAUACUCUGACUACAAGACCAUUCAAAGAAAUGAUCCAUCAAUUUUGGUAUAAUGCCAGGCAAAAAAGAUCUAUCAACAGCAAAGGAAAUCAGAAAACAUAUACUCCACCAUAUUUCUGGGUAGAAAUGUGGCCACUGCAGCAGAUGCCGCCCGAGUUAAUGAAGCCGACUUUUUUCACAAAUUCCUGUGAAUUGUCACUGAUUUCUCAAUCAACUAGACUAAAUUCCUAUUCGUAA